AUGGCGUCACUGAGAACUCUGGUCGAAGCAGUUUCGGAAACAAUAUUCCCCGGCCUGCACCUUAGUUGUAGCAGAUCAAGGGCGAUAGCUUUAAAGCACGGUGAGGAACUACUGACCAGCUUGCCGCUGCAAAUGGCCGUCUACUUCAACCUCUUCUACUCUCCACUGUGGCUCAUAUCCCGCUGCCUCGCCCUCUACAUCAAGCUCCGCUACCUGUCACUCACGCAGCAGACAAUUUCGGCGGCCAUCUUGAUUAUGAUGACGGCCGUAGAACCUCCACGGCUCUACCUGGGCUACGCAGGGAACCUCGGGGAAGAGAUGCCGGCGCUGGCUGGCUUCUGGCUGCUGAGCGUGCUGCUGCAACUGCCCCUGCUGGUCUUCCUCGCCGUGGGCGGUGCCCGGCCGCUGCCCCUGGAGCGCGCCGUCGACCUGCCGCUGGCGCUGAUGCUGGCCACGCAGGUGGUCGUGGCCUUCGGCGUUAUCCGCCGCGUGACGCGCAGCCAGGCGCGACGCUUCCUGCGGCAAGCGGCCACGUCCUCCGUGGACGUGCUCGAGCAGCACCUAGACUGA